AAAACGCAACCGGGCAACCUGACAGGAACAUCUUCCCCCCACCCCUCCCAGUAGAAACUAUAAAUACACCAGUGAAGGUCAUUCAUCCAUCCAUAUCUUCCUGCAGCUCUUUAUGAAUGAAACAGUUCUACUGUUUAAUGUUAUUUUGAGAAAUGGCCCCACAACCAAACUUCACCACAGUUUCAACUCCUGUCCCUGGGGGUGGCGGAUGCCCGCCUGUCGGCAUCCAGCUGGAGGGCCUCAUCAUGCCUCCGGUCCUCAUCAUCGACGUCGUACUGGGGCUCAUCGGAAACCUGGUGGCGCUGUGGAUCUUCUGGUUUAAGUCGAAGGCCUGGAACCCCAACACCCUGUUCCUCUUCAACCUGGUCAUCGCUGACUUUUUUGCCCUGGUGAGUCUGCCCCUGAGGAUUGAUGCCCUGCUCAGGGGCCACUGGGUGUUUGGAGAUGGCAUGUGCCGGAUCAACCUAUUCCUGAUGUUCUCCAACCGAUCGGCCAGCAUCGCCCUCAUGACCGUGGUGGCAAUUUAUCGAUACUUCAAGGUGGUCCACCCUCAUCAUCGCUUCAACCGCAUGACCAAGCGGCAGGCUGCAUUUGUCUCAGCAUUCGUCUGGCUGUUGGUCAUCAGUCCUCGGGUUCCCAUGCUGGCGUACAACCACAUCAAGGGUAAAGGCGAGAAGACCCAGUGCUUCUUCUUUACAUCCUACAAAGAGGCAUCCCACGCCAUUAUCGUCCUGGUGGGCAUGCACCGUAUUUUGACGGUGGUGGAGUUCGUCAUCCCCAUGGCCAUGCUGCUGUUCUGCUCCAUCCGAAUCUCCAGCUUCCUGAAGCAGAGGCAGAUGGGAAAACCUGACAAGGUGCGCAAGGCCAUGAGAAUGUGUGCCGCCAUCGUGGCUGUGUUCAUCGUGUGCUUCCUCCCCACCACGGUGACCACGAUCGGUGUGUGGGUCAUCCGCUCCUACCGGCCAUGGGACUGCGCCGCUUUCUACACCUUUACUCAACUCACUAUCGUGUCGUUGGGCCUAAACUUUCUGAAUUCGGCUCUGGACCCUAUCGUCUACAUCUUCUCCAGCUCUAUGUUCAGGAAGGCGCUCUUGGGACUCGUACCCUGUAGAAAGAAUGAAGGCCAGAACACGGAGUCUUCAUCGGGAACCCAAAGCACCGCCCAGCAGGAGCUCAAGUCCUUGAGGACUGACAGAGGCAAUGAAGCCAUUUAAUGAGCAAGACCCCAGUUGUAGUGACAGAACAAUAGCUUUGAUCUUAUGUAGCUAAACCUAGUGAUAAAUUAAAUCAUGCAAAGGUUCUUCUACAAACAGCUUUAUGCAGUUUGACAAUCAACUCAAUGUUUUUUUUCAUAAAUACCACAUUGACUAACAAAUAUUAGGCUGAAGCUACAUAGCCCAAGCUUAGCUUUUCCCCAAUUUAUUGUGAUGCUGAGUGCUGAGGUUAGUACACCAGCUUAAGGACCUGGGAUUUGGAGCAUGUGAGGCAUUUUUUGACACAAGAAUUGACAUCCUAAAAUGUUAACAUCCUGGCAAAUAAAAAUCUCCAUCGGGGACAGUCAGGUGGAUCACAGAGAAAGCUGUUCAACAAGUAAAUGGACCUUAGGAAGAUGACGUGUGCCAAGGUUGCUGAACAUGCCAUUGCAUGCCAAUGCCUGCUGUGAAGGUCUACUAUUACUUCAAGGAGAGAGAUGACCUCUCAGACACAAUGAGUGGUUGUUGUUCUUUAAAGAGAAAUACCAGGAAUUGAUGCACUGCUGUGCAUCAGUUUAUGGUCCACGCUGUGUAAAAAAGGAAGUUACUCAAGAAGGAGCUGUGUGGCAGUCGAUGACGUACCAGGGUUUCCAUGAACACAGUGGUUUGGCCUCACAAUCAGUCCCAAAGUGCUGUCAUCAAAUCUCUGCUGCCAUUGUUGCGAGAGCAUUUGGCCAAAUAACACACAUGAGGAGCCAACAAGAACUGUCACAACUCCAUGAUGCCACUUAGAAAUAACCCAUAACUCUGUUUUUCUUUGUGCACGGGUCCCUUUUGAAACUUUGUUAUUUUGAAAUAUAUUUUGUCUUUUGUAAAUUUCCCACAAUAUAUCUUGUAUUUUUUUGUUGCGUACAAUCAUGAAGGACAAAAAAAGUUAUUAAAUUCUUUUGUAAUGUAUUGUACUUGUCAGUUGUUUAUUACUCAGUUACUGUGGAGCCACUCACGACAUGCACAUUAAUAAAAUGAAGGUAAUGAAGGUUGAAUUGAUGUAUAGCUAACUGAAUUGUCCAAAAA